UGUGCCAUGGCCUUGCAGGUAGACAGCAGGUCUGGGGGGCUCCCUGGCAAUGCCUGUGAGCUGGGCGUGGCCCGUGAACACCUGCAGGCGGUCACCCGAAACUUCAUCACCCACCCCCGUGUCACCUACCAGACCGUGUGCAGCGUCAACGGGCCGCUAGUGGUGCUGGACCAGGUCAAGUUUGCCCAGUAUGCUGAGAUCGUCAACUUUACCCUCCCCAAUGGGACUCAGAGGAGUGGGCAAGUGCUUGAGGUGGCUGGGACCAAGGCAAUUGUCCAGGUGUUUGAAGGGACCUCUGGGAUUGAUGCCCAGAAGACUACCUGUGAAUUCACAGGGGACAUCCUACGGACACCAGUGUCAGAGGACAUGCUGGGCCGGGUUUUCAAUGGCUCCGGCAAGCCUAUUGACAAGGGGCCAGCUGUCAUGGCGGAGGACUUCCUGGACAUCAAUGGCCAACCCAUCAACCCCCAUGGUCGCAUCUACCCCGAGGAGAUGAUCCAGACUGGCAUCUCCCCCAUUGACGUCAUGAACAGCAUUGCCCGUGGGCAGAAGAUCCCCAUCUUCUCAGCAGCUGGGCUGCCCCACAAUGAGGUGAGGUCUCAGAGGCCAGCAGGCUCGGCCAAGAGGAAGGGGCCAGUAACACCCACCCCCCAGCCCACCUUCCAUUCAGCACUGGGGCUAAGUAAGCACUCACUGGAGCUCUAGGGCCCCAGGUCCCUCACCCCUGGCCGCACCCCCAGGAUUGAGCGGAUCAUCACCCCUCGCCUGGCACUGACCACGGCCGAGUUCCUGGCCUAUCAGUGUGAGAAACACGUGCUGGUCAUCCUGACAGACAUGAGCUCCUACGCAGAGGCCUUGCGGGAGGUCUCUGCUGCCAGGGAGGAGGUGCCCGGGAGAAGAGGCUUCCCCGGCUACAUGUACACAGACCUGGCCACCAUCUAUGAGCGGGCGGGCCGCGUGGAGGGCCGGGGUGGCUCCAUCACCCAGAUCCCCAUUCUCACCAUGCCCAACGAUGAUAUCACCCACCCCAUCCCAGACCUGACAGGCUUCAUCACAGAGGGGCAGAUCUACGUUGACAGACAGCUUCAUAACAGACAGGUACCACCCCUCCCUGCCCACUUCCCGCUCUCCCCAGCCAUCGGGAAGGACGUGCAAGCGAUGAAGGCCGUGGUCGGGGAGGAGGCGCUCAGCCCGGAGGACCUGCUCUACCUGGAGUUCCUGCAGAAGUUCGAGAAGAACUUCAUCCACCAGGGCCCCUACGAGAACCGCUCUGUGUUCGAGUCGCUGGACCUGGGCUGGCAGCUGCUGCGCAUCUUCCCCAAAGAGAUGCUGAAGCGCAUCCCGCAGAGCGUCGUGGACGAGUUCUACCCCCGCGAGCGGGCGCCCCAGGACCCUGCUGCAGACACUGCGCUCUAGUACCUGCCCUCCCCCAGCCCUGCACCAGCUUCCCUGUGAGCGCUUGUUAACCCCUCGUCCCCCCAACCUCCACUCCUAGCCUCUGUUUUGCCCAGCUAGAAGCCACCUAAGCGUUUAUUGUAAAUGCUCCCCACCCAACCCAGAAGAACACUGGGGAGAAGAAUGCAUGAUCUUAAGAGAAAGCCAAGUUGGCUGAACGGAUGGUUGUA